UUGCUCGCCUAUAUUGUUUCUCCUCUGUACUUUUAAUAUGGAAGCAAUUUGAAGUUUGGUCACAAGAAGAAAUAAACACCAAAAUAUUCAAGUGUUUGUGCAGAUAAAUUGCAGUGAUUCGAAUCAAUUGUUCGUUGGGGUACAUCACAGAAUCCUUAGAAAGAACGAUUAAAUUUGGACUCAACGGGUACAAAAGAUAAGAUCUUUAUCACAAAGAAGCAUCGACAGGAAGACUUGUGAGUAUUUCUUAAUAAAAUUUUCAAAUGAUGAUAGAAGAAUAUGAAAAUUAUUUUUGUUAAAUAAGUAUUUUACUUUAAAAUAAUAAAAGAAAACUAAGAAAUUUUCAUAAUCUUCCCCAUUAUUGAUUUUCAAUGUUAAGGCAAAGACAAAGGAAAAAUAUCUAAUUUUGUCUGUGCAGACGCCUCAGAAAAAUAUAAAUGAGGGGUGUUUUGAGAAGUAUAAAAAAACAAGCAUUAUCAAGGCAGGUGAUGGAAGAAGUUAAAAAAUGAAGGGUUUUACGCUUCAGAUGCUUCAAUUGUCGUUAUUUUUGUCAAAGAUGUUUUCAAGUCAGUUUUUAGGGUAUUUUUCCACAUGUGGACUCAUUGUGUGGAAAAAAAACUCUUUAGUUGGAAUAUUUUUCAAGAAAAUAGUAUACUCUGCAAGAGGGGAAAGUUUUCCCAAAUAGCAUUUGCCCGGGCGAGACAAAAACCCCUGAGCCCUGGGAUAUUUUGUAAUUUAUCCAUAAAAAUUGAUUUUUCUUCCAGUGUGUGAGAGAAAAAAAAUGUGGAAAUUUUAGUUUUCACACGAAUAUUAAAAAAUAAAAAAAAGAAAAAUUAUAAUUAAAAUAUGGAAACUGGCUAGGGUUGUGAGUUAGAAUAAAAAAGCAAAAAAGGAGCAACAAAGAGAAGAAAUUGAAGAUGGUGGGUAUCAAUUUUAUUUGCGGGAACGGGGGCCAUUGCGCUUGGGGUGCGAGUGAGACAGAUGAUACCCAUUACUUCACCCUUGUCGAAUGCAAACCCCCUCGCAAGAGACUUGGGAGCGUUCCAAACACAUACACACAAACAUAUACGAAUAUGUAAUUUUUAAAAGUAAUGAUUAUGAAAAUGUUGUAUGUGUGUGUGGAAUAUUUCCAUCUCUCUUUUGCACGUAUUGACCGGCCAGACCGGUAUAAGCGUUCGGUUAUUAGUGCCGAAUAGCAUUUCGGCGCGACUUCGGGGCACCUAAGAUGGUUGGCGCAGUGAAGCGGGGUGAGAUGAGAGUUCCCCAUGAUUGUAGUUUCAUCUCGUUCCGCUGCGUUAUGAGGGCGCAUUCGUUGGGUGCCAUUUUCUUUAUUGGCGUCCCUGUUCUAUACGUUGCCUCAAAUGUAGCUGGCACAUGUGUGUAUGUGUGUACCAGCAAGCUGGUUUUCAAGCAUAUUUGGGCGUUGAUUGAUAUGGUAUGUGUGUGAGUACUGAACUUUACAGCACACCCUUACACCAUUUUACGUCUCGACACAAACAUGGUGUUCUGUUUUUGAAAUAAAAUGAAAGAAAAAAAUGUACAAAAUGGUGGUGGUGUGUGUGCCGAUGAGAAAAUUUUAAAAUGCAGCGUUGCCAUUUCUUGCGAUGCUGGUAUGGAUUUUCUGGGUAUAGUGUAUGAAAGAGUGGGUAAAAGAGAACGCCACAGAAGCUACAAGGGAGAGAAGAAAAAAGGCGGCCUGAACAUUGUGCGUAUAUGUGGUUUGGUCAGUUUCUUCACUGAAAAGCGUUCUAAGCACGGCUUUUUGCCGCGCUCCCCAGUUUAUAUUUGUUAUCUGAGCCAUUAUUAAUAAUCUCCGCAUGUUGCACUAUGCGGUUUGAGGUGUGAGAAAGAAAACCGUUUUGUGAAGCAUACUGUGAGCAUAAUUUUUUAAAGGACAUAAGGACAUUUCCAAGAAUUUUGCUGUUUUUUUUCUCUUUGCUUCUCUCCUCUCAAAUUAGUUGUGUGAGAUUCACUUGAGAAAAAAAAAGAAGGAGAGGCUGAAUCAGGCCAUUUUCCUUCCCAGUUUACAUUUUUUUCGUGAAUACCGCGACUUUUCUUGUUUUUUUUUAAAGAAAAUUUUUAUUCACAUCUGAAAAAAAAACAAGAAAAAUUCAAAAGAGAAAACCUUCCAACUUAAAAAAAAUUCAGAGACGAAAAAUAAAUAUUUUUCUCUCUAUAGAAAAAAAAAAACGCGAACCCUGCUGGUAACGAGAAGAACUUUUAGUCCAAUCUAAAAGUUUCUUUACUAGUGUGUGUGGUUACAGAAAUUGCAAAAAUAAAAGAAAAUAAAAGAACUGCGGAAAAUUUUGUAGAACAAAAAAAAAUCUACAGAGCAGCGAAAAAGUGAGUUGCAAAUAAAAAAAAGAAAAUUUAUUCUCGGGUGAUGCACGCCUCGUCUGUUUUAGAAUUUAGUUAGACUGCAGGAAUUCGAAGGACUAGAUUUUUCGACGCGUCGCGAAAAACCCGUCGUACCGCGGAACAGGGCAUCCAAGAGCAGCUGUGGCUGAAGGAGCAAUAAAAAUAAAAGUCCUGAAGAAUAUUUUGGUUUUUUUCACAUCAACUCGUGAGAAAACCCCCCAUUUUUGUGCUGGUAAAAUAUAUAAUAAUUCAUGCGUAAAUCAGCGCCAUAGAAUUUCGAAGCGAAGUGCUAGAGCGAGACGACUACAUGUGUUUUGUGGCAUUUAUAAAGAAAAUGAGUAAAAAAAAAGAAGUCGGGAGAAGUAGUUUGGCAACAUAGCACCUCGGGUUUGUGCGGUUGUGUGCGUUUUGAAAUUGAACUCUGCUACGACGUCAUCGGCCUCGAUAUAGCUAAAUGAGGGAAAGAGAAGCCCGUAGACGCUCAAUAUUGACUGCAAAGGCACAACUAAUACACGCGCACGUGGAAGCUCACACAAACACAGUACUAGAGGUGGUUGAAGAACGUGAGAGGAAAAUUUUCCAAAAGCACCAAUACAAAAUUGACCAUCUGCCAUCCAUAUUUGUAGCACACACACACACACACGUACGGGUACAAAUAAAGGGGGAAAGAGAUCGUGGCGCGCGCGUUUUUCACUGGCGCUUUUUGGAAUCAUAGCUAGCGUGUGCGAGAGAGACCUAUAUUGCGUUGUUAGUUACACAGCGGCUCAUUCUUAUAGGACAAUCACAGGUGCGAGGGAGACGACUAGUUGAUGUUCUGAGUGUUUUUCUGGGUGCGCUGAAGAAUAAAAUAGGCGUGCGAGCGGGACGGCAUUAGAGGAUAGUUGAAAAAUUCACAUCCCGAGACCCAACCGAACGCCAAAGUCGUUUUUCCAACACAACGGCAUAGUUGAGAGACCCGAAGUGAAGGAAAGAAAGAAGAGCGCGCGCGUUGAAGAACAACUCAUUUUUUCGCAAAAAUUAAAAACGCUUUUUUGGUGGUUUACAGCAGCCGUGAAAAGGAUCUUUUUCGGUGUGCUUAUUGAGUUUUAUCUUCACCGGAAAAGAAGAAAUAUAUAUAUAAAAAAAAGAUUGAGGGAGAGUGAAGAAGAAGGAAGAAAAGAAGAAAUAAACGAGGUACAAGGUGAUGAAGAAACAGUUCCUGUAAAUAAGAGAAUUGAAAGGAAAUACUACCUUUUAUAAAAUAAAAAAUCUUGUGUGCGCUGUGAAGGAACGAAGCAUUUUUGGUGCAUUUUCUCUUUUGUAGCGUGGUUUAUAAGAAGAAUAAAAAAAAAUGAAGGCAUUUUUGCCAAAAAAAGGAGAGAAUUUCAUGUGAAGAGUAAUUAAAUAGAAAUUAGGAUAAUUGAGGCAAAGGGAGAGUUGAGAAGAGAGAAAAAAAACACGCAAAAAAUCGUUUAAAAGUGGAAAACGGGGCUGAAAAGAGGAGCAAAAAUUAAUGUGAGUGUGAGAAAAAGGAAGAAUUUCAUUAGUGUAUUGGCAAAAGGCGGUGGAGAUAGGAAGACGAAGUAAAGGAGGAAAAAAACGGGCUCCGACGAUAGAGAGGAAGAAGGAGGUGAGGCACGGAGGCGGCACAGAAGUUGAGCUGGAAAGUUUAGAGAAUAUUGGAGAGAAGGAAGUGUCUGUGUUGGGAGGCAGAAUUAGUGAGAACACUGUAUGUGUAGUGGUGUGUGCUAUUCUGUGAGGGGGAGGUGAAGAGUGCUCAGGCAUAGAAGAAGAAUAUAUUUUUGGGUUGAAAUACCAAGUGGUGGAAGCACACACAGCAAAGGGGGAGGGAGUGUGAGAAAAAGGGAGCGCACCCCCACAAAAAAAAUUCCAUACGUCUGAUCCAAAGGAAGAGACAAGUCACAAUGUCGGAGCACCACCGUGGUGCUUGGGGUACACGCGAAGAGGCUGUAUGGUGGCCAGGAGCUAUAACAUCAACCGAUCAGCAAACGUUGCAGCAGCAUCAUCAGCAUCUCAUCAAUCAGCACCACCAGCAGCAGCUGGCACAGCAGCAAGCUGCACAGAUUCAGCAACAACAGCAACAUCAGGCUGCUGUACAGCAGCAACAGCAAUCACAGCAGCAAGCCCACAAUGAAUCACGUGGGCCGCAGAGUACGGCGUCUGUGGUACCGACCCAGCAACUAUUUUCCUACAAAAUGGCGAGCAGCUUCCAAAAUCCCGCCACCACUAUUUCCGGCACGACUGUGGUAACGAGCAAUUCGCCCGUUGGUGCCUAUGACUACCGCCUCAUGGGCGGUAUGGUGGCACGGCCAGGUGAUCCCCAGUCCAUGUCGGGGAAUCCGGGUACACAAUGGUGGUAUCCGGGUGGCCAGAAUAUCGAUAAUGCUCUGCAGCAGCACCAGAAUCAGCAGCACCAACAGAAUCUCCACAAUGUUCAUACACCACCACCAUCGAAUCAGCACAUCCAGCAGAAUAAUCAGCAAGCUCAUCAAAACCAAAACAAUCAACAAAUACAAAUCCAUACGCAAAACGCCAAGAUGCCGCGAGGUGGUAAAGUUGACGCCAAGCCACGAGGACGUAUGACGGCGUAUGCCUUUUUUGUACAAACUUGCCGCGAGGAGCACAAGAAGAAGCAUCCCGAGGAGACUGUCAUCUUUGCUGAAUUCUCACGGAAGUGCGCCGAGAGGUGGAAGACAAUGUUGGAUAAGGAGAAGAAGCGAUUCCACGAGAUGGCUGAGAAGGAUAAGAAGCGCUAUGAUCUUGAAAUGCAAAACUACGUUCCGCCAAAGGGGACAGUUGUUGGGCGUGGAAAGAAGAGGAAGCAAAUUAAGGAUCCCAACGCACCUAAACGAUCACUAUCGGCAUUUUUCUGGUUCUGCAAUGAUGAACGCAUGAAGGUGAAGGCUCUCAAUCCGGAAUACGGUGUUGGGGACAUCGCCAAAGAGUUGGGGCGCAAAUGGUCAGACGCAGAUCCCGAAGUAAAGUCCAAGUACGAGGCUAUGGCUGAGAAGGACAAAGCACGAUAUGAGAGGGAAAUGACGGAGUAUAAGAAAAAGAGCAAAGGUAUCCAGCAGGUGCCAGUCCCACCACCCGUACACGAUGACGAUGACGAUGAUGACGAUGAUGGCGAUGAUGAUGAAAAUGCGUAAGGUGGAUGUGUAUAGGUAAUGAUCACACCACAAAAUAUUAAGAAAAAAAUAGUUUAUAGUUUUUAAGGGAUUGAAGUGAAAAACAUUGUGUGAAAAAAAAACGUGUGGAAGGUUUUUUCUAAAUUGAAAAAAAGAAAAACCUUCACCAAUUUUUCAGUGGACGCGCGUGGUUAAGAUGAAUUUGAAUUAUUUGUAGAAUGAAUAAUGAAUUUUAAAGAAAAAGAAAAUAAUGUAAACUACAAAAUAUACAUUUUUUGUAUAUUUUUUCUCCCACUCAAAACACCAUGAAAAGAUUAAAAAAUAAAUAAAAUGAAACAUAGGUAAUGAAAAAAAAAGGAACCUCUUACACAAUUGAACUUAGAAGUAGUGGCAAUUGAUAAAGAAAAAGUGAGAAUGAAGAGAAAUAUACAAAGAAAACAUGUUUUUCUAUAAAUAUAAUGAGAAAAAUUAUAUAUAUUAAAUAAGGAAAAAAAAUCUUAGACAUAGACAAGGUGAGAAAAAAAUAGACAAGAGAUAUAAAUGUAUCUAAAGUAAAGAAGAAUAAAAAAGUAAAUAUUUUAAGUUGCAUUAAGGUUGAUGAAAGGAUACAAAAAAAGUACAGAAAACACACAAAAAGUGAACGCCAGAAAAUUGAUGAAAAACCCAUUUUUUGUAUAAUCUAUUUUAAUGUUAGAUCUUGACUCUAUUUUUUUUGUAUUUAAGAUUUAUAUUAAUAAUUAUCUCUCAAUAGGACUUUUUUUUUCUCCGUCUCACCCUUAAUUAUUUUUUUUAGAAGAGAAAUAUUUACUUUCUCUUUUAGGAAACUCAUUGUUUCUCUUAAGUACCUUCAUUAUUAUUAUUCUCUUUCUCUUCCUAAUUAUCGUAUUUUUUUUUUAAUUUCUAUAUUAUUUUCUAUUGAUAAAAAAAAACUUAAGAAUAAACGCGUGUAAACGCGUUAAUUCUUGCUGAAUUGCUUUUCCCAUGGAGAAUGGAUUUUUUCAUGUGGAAAUUAUUAAAAAAAAAAAACCAACAAAAUAUUACUCACUAGACAUUAAUUUUGAGAAUAAAAAAUGAAGAAAAAAAAUCUUUUAAAUUGAAAUAUUAACUAAAAAAAAUGAAAACAAAUAUCUUAAUGUAUAUAGUAAUAAAGUGAAAUAAAUGUUAAGAAUUAUAUAAAAUUAAAUAAAUGAGAGGGGUGGUUGGAUAUUGAAUUCACAAUUUCACAAGAAAGAAACCCCUGGGACAAUUUUUAUUUGUAAAUAGAAUAUAACAAACAAAAAAAAAACGGGGGAAAAUAGUUUGUGGGGGGCUGAAAGAAAAUUGCUCAACCUGAAAAUUUGUUGAAAAAAAAAUCCCAGAGAUAUACAAAGCUCUGCAAAAAAGGGUCUAAAAGCUCAUUGGGUGAAGAAAGUCGUGCAAAAAUUGAUUUUUAGUAGACAAUCAAUACAAGGAUAUAACUUUCUGCCGUUGAAGGAUAAUCAAAAGGAAACCCUGAAGGUGAGUGGCAAAAAAAACGGCUCAAAGAUCCUUUUCUGAGUAAAUCUGAAAAAUUUCUUCUUCAAGAUUUUCUUCAAUUUCUUGUCUUUCAAGCACCCUUUUGUCAGAUUCUUUUGCUCUUUUUUUAAUAAGCUAAUUUUUGAAUAUUUCUUUAAAUUUUUUUUUACAGAAUUCAUUAAAAAAUUUAAUAGAAAAUCUUUUUGAAACUGCUCAAUUUGCUUUUUCUGAGAAGACAAAACUCAUUUUUCGCCUCAAUUUCGUAAAACUUAAUAGAUUUAUUAAAUUACGCAAAUACAAAAAAAAAUAUUCAGUGCUGUGAAUGCUUCUCUCAAUAAAAAAAUUAUAUAAUCCAAGAAAUAAUUAAAAAAUAAAAUCAGGUUGAGCAAAAAGAAUGAAGAGAAAAAAACAAGAAAUAAUUUUAAAAGUAAUUUAAUAAAUGAGAAGUUUUUGCAUUAAUGCGCCAUAUAGUAAGAAGAAAAGCAGAAAGGAUUGAAAGUUUUCGGGGAAGAAAGUAAAGUAAAAAAAAAUAUUGGGAAGUGAGUAAAAAAAAACGUGUAGUUUACUGUAUUUGUGAAGACAACAAAUUAAACUUAAUUUAAUUAAUGAAGAAGAUUAAAAAAAAGAGGAGAGUUAAUAUCUACAAGUAAAUGUAAUUUAAAAAUUACCGCUGACUGUAAAUACGAAGUAAAAAAAAAAGGAAAAAGAAUGGAUAAAACAAGCAGUUGAGAAGAUUUUUUAAAAAGAAACAAAAAGGAUUAUAAAAGAGCGAAAGAGUUUUAAAGAAUUUCUUUUUUUUAAAUAUAUUUUUAAUAUAGUAAAAUGAAAACAAAAAAAAUUACACAUUUUUUCUACUUGAAAUGUUUUAUAUUUUCACCGUCAAAACAGCAAAAAAAGAAACAAAAAUAGAAAGCAAAAUAUUAAUGAAAAAAAGUUGAGGAUGUGAGACAAGUGAGGAAAAAAAUUUAAGGAGAGACACUUGAUUAACAAAUUAGCAAAAGAAAAUAAAAAAAAAACAAGAUAAUAAAGAAAAGUUAAAACACCUCUCAGAAGUAAAAUAAAAAAAGAAAAACCAAAAGUACAACCGUUGCAAGUAUUUUUGUGUUAUUUAAUUGUUAUAUUGUUGUUUAAAUUAACAAAUCGCGCCUUUUACAGCCUUUUUUGCAAAUCUCACACCAUCCGCAAAAGCUCCCAAGAAAAAAAAAGAGCAUGAACAAUAAAAAGAAUAAAUUACAAGAUAAAAGAUAAAAUGAAUGAAGAGUUUGAAAACAAAUAAAAAUCUUUUUCAACAUUUUUUUCCCCGUUCAGUUUAUCUCUUUGCAAAUUCUUUUUUCUUUUUAUUUUUCAAAAUAUCACGAAUAUAAAGGCAGAAAACAUAAUUCUUUCCGUUUGAAAACAAGCAAAAAAAACAUGUGAGCAAGAAAAAGCAAGGAUGAGACAAAAUGGUUGAAGAAUAAAAGAAAAACUGAUGAAUAAAAUGGAAGAAUCCGAUAAUAGCGAAGAAUGAGCCGAUAAUUUGUAAGCAUAAUUAUUUUACAAACAAAAAAAAAACUAAAAAUAAUUCAAUAUUAUAUAGAAUUUUUCUAAUUACACAAAAUAUAUUAAAAAAAAAGUGAAAAAGAAAAAUGGCGGAAAUCUCUCCAAUGCAGAAAAAACGUGAAGAAAAUCAUUAAAAAACAAAGUAAUAAAAAAUAAAUUGAUCAAGAACCCGAGGAUUGAGUAAAGAACAAAGUAAGGAAAAGAUUGUAGAAAAGAGAGAUGAUUCAGAAAUAUUUUUUUAGGUUCAUAAAUAGAAUAUUUUAUUGAUUUUUCUACUCAAUAAACUUCUUUUAAAAUUCAAACUCUCUCUAUCUCUUUCUUCGGAACAACAAAAAAAGAAACUAAAAGAAAAAGAAAGGACAGCAAGAAGCGCAAAAUGCAUUGAAUGGAGAAGAUUUUGAGUGAAAAAAAAAUAAAAUUAACUGCAAGAGGAAAAAACAAAAAUAAAUGUUUAGCGAGAACAGAGCGAUAAUUCUUGGAAAAAAAGAUCUCCUUGAUAAUUUUUUUCUUCAAUUUCUCAUUUUGUUUCCACAUCCUCAACUUUAUUCAUUUUCUUUCAUCUUAACUUACCCCACAACCCCUCUCUUCUUUUGAUAGAAUAAAAAAAAGUAAAAAAAAAAACAAGGAAAAUUCUCGCUCUGUUUUCCAAUUGCGGAAAAUAUCUACAAAAAAAAAAGAUUAAUAUAAAAAAACUUAGUAAUGAGAUGGAAAAGCAAUGAGUUUUUCUUUUUUGUAUAUCUCUUAGGGAUAUUGAUAACAUGAGAAAAAAUCAUAAAUAAAAAAACUCAUUAAA